GCGAUGAAAACGUCGUACUUAUUAUGGGGACUAUACGUCCUAAUGGACUUGGCUACCAGCGAUGAGCGCAACUUUCGAAUUAACUUUAAUGAAUUCGCGAUCAAAUAUAAGAUGCCAGAUAUUUUUGCCAAGGUGAAUUGCCAAUUAAAUCAAUUAAAUAAUCGGAGCUACGUCAACGGUGAGAUGGUACUCAAAAGGGAUGUUGGAGAUCUCAAUGUUCGCGCUACUAUGGAGUUUUGGAAGCCGAAAGCUCAAAAUAAAAUAAAGUUGUACGAUGUUCGUGUGGACGGAUGUGUCUUACUGCGAAGUAUACACCAAAAUAAACUAUUUAAUCUAUAUGUGAAGAGCUUUAAAAAGCACGCCAAUGUCAUUUUGACAUGUCCAUUUAAAGCGAACUAUACCUACAAAAUGGUAGAUUGGUAUUUGGAUGAACAGGAUCUGCCACCAUAUGUACCAGCCGGUAGAUUCCGUACGAUCACAGAAUAUUUCACCCAAAACCGACUGCUAGUACGUUUUGUAGCACGUGGCGAAAUUCUGGCUAAGUCAUAA